AAUGUUGCACUGGCCUUCAGCCAGCGAAGGCUCAGCGAGCAGGAUAAAAUUUCAAUGCAGAUUUACGGGAAGUUGCUGGUGCUGGGAGUAAAAAUCUGGUUUGAGUUCGGGUAAGAGAGACAUCAGGACACCUUGCAUUAGGUCACCUAGCAGAGAUCAGCCACUCCUGGGCUCAGUGAGGAGGUUUGGAUUUGCCUCAAAGGGCACUCCACAAAUUGAAACGAGAAAUCCCGAGGAAGCUGCCUGAAUCUCCUUGUAUAUUCUUAUUCAACAUCAUGUAAAUGACCAGACAAAUCAAAUUGGUGGUUUUUGGUUUCCGCCGGGGCCGUGGAUGCCUUUGACAUUAUGACCGCAGAGGAUUCCACCGCAGCCAUGAGCAGCGAGCCGGCCGCUGGGUCCUCCACCAAGGUGCUCGAGGGUGUGGCAGGCGCGCCCAACGAGGCGGAGCUUCUGGCGCUGAUGGAGCGCACGGGCUACAGCAUGGUGCAGGAGAACGGGCAGCGCAAGUAUGUCGGCCCGCCACCCAGCUGGGAAGGUCCACACCCGCAGCGCGGCUGCGAAGUCUUCGUGGGCAAGAUCCCGUGCGACGUGUACGAGGACGAGCUGGUACCCGUGUUCGAGGCGGUGGGCCGCAUCUACAAGCUGCGCCUCAUGAUGGACUUCGACGGCAAGAACCGCGGCUACGCCUUCGUCAUGUACUGCCACAAGCACGAGGCCAAGUGCGCCGUGCGUGAGUUCAACAACUACGAGAUCCACCCUGGCCGCCUGCUCGGCGUGUGCUGCAGCGUGGACAACUGCCGCCUCUUCAUCGGCGGCAUCCCCAAGAUGAAGAAGCACGAGGAGAUCCUGGAGGAGAUUGCCAAGGUCACGGAGGGCGUGCUCGACGUGAUCGUCUACACCAGCAUGGCCAACAAGAUGAAGAACCGCGGCUUCGCCUUCAUCGAGUACGAGAGCCACCGUGCCGCCGCCAUGGCGUGCCGCAAGCUCAUGCCCGGCCGCAUCCAGCUUUGGGGCCACCAGAUCGCCGUGGACUGGGCUGAGCCCGAGAUCGACAUGGACGAGGACGUGAUGGAGACCGUGAAGAUCCUCUACGUGCGGAACCUCAUGAUCGAGACCACCGAGAACACCAUCAAGAAGAGCUUCGGCCAGUUCAACCCGGGCUGCGUGGAGCGCGAGAAAAUCCGCGACUAUGCCUUCGUGCACUCUGCCAGCCGCGAGGACGCCGUGCACACCAUGAACAACCUCAACGGCACCAAGCUGGAGGGCUCGUGCCUCGAGGUGACGCUGGCCAAGCCCGUGGACAAGGAGCAGUACUCCUGCUACCAGAAGGCGGCCAAGGGCGGCAGCGCAGCCGAGGUGGCAAUGGUGCAGCAGCCCAGCUACGUGUACUCCUGCGACCCCUACACACUGGCCUACUAUGGCUACCCCUACAACGCGCUCAUUGGGCCCAACAGGGACUACUUCGUGAAAGCAGGCAGCAUAAGAGGCCGGGGUCAAGGUACAGGGCCCAGGGGUUCCUACCUUGAGGGAUAUUCUGCUGGCCGUGGUAUAUAUAGCCAAUAUCAUGAAGGAAAAGGAAAACAACAAGAAAAAGGAUAUGAACUUGUACCAAAUUUGGAAAUCUCUGCCGUCAAUCCAGUUGCCAUUAAACCUGGUACAGUGGCCAUCCGUGCCAUCGGGGCCCAGUAUUCCAUGUUUCAGGCAGCUCUGGCUCCUAAAAUGAUUGAAGAUGGUAAAAUCCACACAAUGGAGCCCAUGAUCAGCCCCAUCGCUGUGCAGUCAGACCCAGCCAGCGCCACCGCUGCCGCGGCUGCCGCCGUCAUCCCUGCCAUGUCCACGCCACCACCUUUCCAGGGCCGCCCAAUAACUCCAGUGUACACGGUGGCUCCGAACGUUCAGAGAAUUCCUGCUGCCAGGAUUUACGAGGCCAGUUAUGUGCCAUUUGCUGCUCCGACCACAGCUACGAUCGCCACGCUGCAGAAGAACGCGGCAGCCGCCGCCUACAGCGGGUACGCAGGCUACAUACCUCAGGCCUUCCCCGCCGCUGCUAUCCAGGUGCCUAUCCAUGACGUCUACCAGACCUACUGAGAUCCACCCACCACGACCACUGAAGGAACACUUUACUAUUUAUGAAGAAAGAACGUGUUGGGUUAGCACACACGAAACCCGAAUGUGAAGAAUGUUAUCAGAUACCAUACUGGAAUAUUUCACAUACAUGAAGUUUUCACUAAUCUUUUAAGACUGUUUUCAAUUUAGCAGACCUGUGUUUGUACACUUCUAAGAGGCUUGCAAUGGUUUGUGCCUUAAACACCAUCUCUUAAAAAUUUGUACGCUGUAGUACAUUUGUACAGAGGUUUUCGAUUUUGUAUUUUUAACGAUAUAUUUUCAGUAUGAAGGUUAUUUUCUUAACUUCUGCACUCCAGAGAUUUCUAUUUUGUAGUACCUUCAAUAGUAAAUAUAUCAAC